UGUACCUCUCUGAAGCUGGUACAGGGAAAGGGGAAAUAUAAAACUUGAAGCCAGCUGAAAAAUCACUUUGCUGUCUGGCGAGCUGAAACAUUGGUAGUCAUUUUAAUACUGUAUUGCUAGAGGGUGAGCUACAAUGUGCACUGGGAAGUGUUCAAAGUGCAUUGGGGUCGUGUUGUUCCCAUUAGCUGUAUGUGCCAUAAUCUCCAAUCUUCUCCUGUAUUUCCCCAAUGGAAAUGUUACAGACCCCGACAAGAUAACUGAUUUGGUUUGGUUUUUCCAUGGCAUUCUUGGAGCUGGGAUACUGGUUAUUUUGCCAGCAUUUAUGAUGCUGGGCGCAGGUGGAGCUGGAUGUUGCGCUAACAGAUGUGGGAUGCUGCUCUCUGUGCUGCUGGCUGUACUGGGAGCUGCAGGAGGGGUAUAUUGUGUGGUCAUCUCAUCCUUGGGAUUGAUUAGUGGGCCUCUUUGUGACACUGGUGAUGGAGAAUACAUCUACCCUUUCAGGAAUGACACAUUCACAGACAAUUAUUUGUUUAAUCAGACAACAUGGAGCAUUUGCAAAAAACCUGAAAACGUUAUUAUGUGGAAUAUUGUCUUGUUCUCUCUUCUCUUGGGGAUUGGUACAAUUGAAGCUGUUCUUUGCUUUAUUCAAGUCAUCAAUGGACUUAUUGGAUUCAUAUGUGGCACAUGCAUGAGGAAAAGAAAGACACAUAUUGCUGGAAUGUAAAUCACCUACAAAGAAUGCUAGUGGCAAGCAUAGACCUGCGGGGAUUCAUGUAUAUUCAUAAUGUGUUGUGCUGUAUUUGUGGGGACAGAGGGACCCCGAGAUGUUCAGGAGUUUCAGAACAACUCCAGAAUAUUUUAUAAAGAUAUCUGGAUGGGAGGGGGUGGAUUAUCUAGAACUUUUGAAGUCAAAGAUUCUUUUUUGUCUUCUCUAAGUACCCAGGCUAAGUCUCUGGUACUGGCAACGUGAUGCUGUCUUUUCAGGCGUGCCUGGCAUAUAUAAAAUUCAGUCACAAACAUUCUCCAAUUAAAAUUCACUGCUUACCCCGCAAGUGCUGCCCUGUGUAGCAAGCAUGUCACUUUGAAGUGCUGACUGUUGUAUAUGGGAAUUUAUCAGCUUUACUGAACUCAUCCACACUGGUUGGAUGUCUAAAGGUGCUCAUUAAUGCUCCCCAAACCCUGUCCUGGCCCUGUGUAAAACUGGAAUGGAUUCUCUGGCAGUGGUCUGUCUAUGUUUGCAGUGUCGUUGUAACCAUGUUGGUCCCAGUAUAUUAGAGAGACAAGGUGAGUGAGGUAAUAUCUUUUAUUGGACCAACUUCCAAUGGUGAGAGAGACAAGCUUUCGAGCUUACACAGAACUCAUCUUCAGGUCAUGCUCUGUCUAUUUUUAUCACUUUGGUACAUAAGCACUGGUCUUCAGUCAUUUAAAGGUCUGGCUCAGAAAGGGUAUUUUCAGGACCUAGCAGUAGUGAUGUUGCUUAAAUAGUUACAAUAUUUGUAGCACAUGGAGGCCCUGUGUAGCAGGCAGUUGGCCAGUAUCUAACCUGCUUUAACCUCUGUGGAGCCAGCCUCCACUCACACUUCUGUGUGUGCCGUAGGAGGCUGUGGUGGUCUGUAAAAUGCCAAUGCUCCACUGAUAAUCAGCACUUCAAAGGUAAUAACGUUGCCCAUGGGGUAGCACUGGAGAUGCACUUGGCCCAACAUGCAAGGCAUGGUAUGUAGCAACCAACUAGCCAAUAAUUAGCCUUACUGAACAAUAAGGAGGAAAAAAAAUCAGACUCACUUCCAGGGGAGUCAAAUAUGCACAUCCUAGUGUAGAACAUUUUCAUACUCGGUAUUUAAUUUUUUUUAAAUUGAAUUUCUGAUCAUACUUGUGCAUGCUUUUCUGAGAAACCGAAGCAAGCCUCGAAAGGCACCAAAUGGUGUCAUUCUCAGUGCUACAGCAAGCACUGAACCCACAAAGUGCUGAGCGUGAGAUCAAGCCCAAAUGCUAAAUCCGUGUGAUUGCUAAAGUCUCUGAUUUCAGGAGUGAAUUCUUUGUCAUUUUAUUGGCCACUUCAAAGGUUAAUUCCUACAAUUGCCACUGAUUCUUCUGCUUAAGACAAAAAGUAGUAAGAUAUUUUACAUAUACAUCAGAAGCUCUUCAAAACUGCAUAACUGUAAAGUUAGGUUACUUUGGAUCUGUUUUGCGAAAGGAGGAACCUCUGAUUCCUCUUUCAAAAAUGUUUUGACUACGGCAUUUGAUCACACAAAUGGGAAGUAUCUGGUCACUUGUGCUGUCACCUGACAUAUGCAUGCAGAUCCCUCAUUUGAACAAAUAAAUGCUGGCUAUGUUCAGGCAACAGGUAUAUUUUAGGGGGUGCAACUUAAGCACCAAUAUUUGAAAUUUUUGCCCAUCAUGUUUUAAAGCAUAUUCUCUUAAAUAAAAAGCAUGAGAGAAAUACACCGGUUAGCCAAGGUUUUCAAACAUAAAUAAAGGAUUUGGAUGCAUACAGAUCCUGUAAGUGGCUCAGAAAGUUCCACCUGUUACAUGCAAGUAUGCAAGGGGCUAUGAUCAGAGAUGAGGUUCACAGUACUACUGUCUCUUUUACUGCAGCAAUCUUUUUAUUUUAAAACUGCUGAAAAAUGAAAUAAAAUGCGGUGCUUUCUUUGGCUAAAUUGUGUACAUUUUGUCUUUUCACUGCAUGAAAACGCACUGCAGAUUAUCUCACAUUUAACAGUUUAAAUGGGUUGCUCAUUGUCAUGUCCUGAGAAAUGUGCAGCUGCUGUACAGUGACCUGUAUGAAUGUGCUUCUAGUGUAUUAAACCCUUUGAGCCUGAUUCUCAGUUACACUAAGGGGCCAUAGGGUAACUGAGAAUUCAGGCCUUUGUUCCUAGCACUGCAGCAGUGCUUCACAGCCAGUGUACGACCAAAUGGUUCACAGCCACUGUGCUGCAGCCAUUAGUUUACACAGACAGAACCUGCUAGCAACCAGCUCCUUCUUUCACCCACCUCUCCUCUUCACGCAGGUCCAUGUGUCUGCCCCACCCUACACAAGCUGUCAUGAAGGUCCUCUCCUAGGCCAGCUGGCCUGACCCUAGCUUGACUUUAAGCCACUGAUUCCCCCUUUCCUUGCACUACUCAACUCUCCAGACAUGAUGCCCUUAAUGCUGCUUCCUUCACUACUGCCUUCUUCUCCCCUUCACUGCCUGCCUGCUUCUCUUGCUCCUGCAGCAGCAGCAUCUACUAUCUGCUACUCCCACUCUCCUCUUUCUUGCCUAGUCCUCUGCUCUGGCUUCUGUCUGCCCCUGCUCCUAGACUCACCCUCCUCCAUCACUCCAGCUCUGACACAGCCAAUCAUCACCCACCUGACCACCCCGCACCCACUCUACCCCAACUAGCCUCCCACCUAAUGCUAUUUCUCCCUACCUCCCAAGGAAACCAGAAAUUAACUGGCUGGAACAGGUUACACUCUGUUAUGAAGAGCUGCCUCGUUAGAUGUUGUUUCUUCAAAUGAGUUUCUGCAGUGGAAGCAAAGUAAGUGAAUAGGCGACUUGCUGCUAAGAGUUCGGCUGCAAAGAGGGGAGAUGUUAGGGAAAAGCUUUGGCACAGGAGAACUGCUUUGUAUGUGUAGCUGUGACAGUGAAACUUGGGGGAACUUAUUGGAAAAGCGUUUUCAAGGAAAAGCUGCUUUGAAACUCAUGUAAAGAAACAAUAACUAAUUAGACAACUCUUCGUAAAACACUAUAAUCUUUGACAUUGUAUCACAGCAAGCAGGAAGGAUAAAACAAUCUCUAACAAACUCUACUGAGCCUGUAGGAAAAAUGUUAACUCUGUUAACAAGGGAACCUAGACUGUCAGAACUGGGCAAAUUAUUCAUUGUGAAUACAAUUUCUUUGCAAAUUUACUCUUUUCUUCUGUUUGCAAAUUAUUCUUGUGCUGACCCUGAUUUCUAUCGCUUUAUUCAUUAUUCAUAUGUAUUUGUCAAGUAGUUUAGGCAAACAAAUUUCAGCCUAUCGGAUAUUCAUGAGCAAUCUACUAGGACUGGUCACUUAAGUCUGAUGGUAUCAUUUCUGCUCCCUGAUUGGAUGACUGAAACUUUUUAAACAGGAGGAGAAGAGCUGAUGGAAAAACCAACAUUUCUAAUGUUCUGAUGAAUAUACAGACACUGUGGUCACUAGUGUGGAGUAGGGUUGCCAACCCUCCCAGUCUCGCCGUGAGUC